AUGGGUAUGUCCUUAGGCUGUGUAGGGAUGGUUGGCAAUGUGGGCUUAGGCAGGUCAGGCAAUUUCUGCAGAGGUGGCAGUUCCGGCACUUCCAGCUUUGGCAAAGUUGGUACAAUGGGCAAUAUUGGCAUCUCCGGCAGUUCGGGUUUUGGAAGCUCCAGCGGUUCCGGCAGUUCCAGCUUUGGCAAAGUUGGUAUAUAUGGUAAUGGUGGCAGUUCCACUUUAGGCAGUGGUGGCAGUUCUGGCUUUGGAAUCUCAGGUACUGUUGUCGCCAAAAGAUGGCGCGCCUCUGUCGUGAUUUUGUCUUUGUUCAUUGAAGAUAAUAUGAGAACUAGAAGUAUAAAGAGAAAAGGUUGGUGUGGAAAUGAGCAAUUGAUGAAGGAUGUGGUGUGGCAAAAAGGCUUAGCUCACUAG